AUGGCCCAAGAACGCAAUGACACCCAGCGCCGAGCUCCAUUUGAGCCCUCGGAUUUUGUUGAGGGCGACAUUAUGGCAUUCUCGGACUUGGACCUACGUCGACUUGGAUUGGCAACAGAGAAUAUUCACGGACCAAACACGCAUCACGACCGGGAGCAAAGUAGACUCUUGUCAUCCCAACCAUCCCCCAUCGAUCCACAGCUGGUUGGGUUCUCGAGCUCAGGAGUUAACGAUGACGAAAUUCUUCGAUCUUUAGGAUCAGCGUACCCCGAGAUUCCCAGCGCCAGCUCGUCCACAUCCUUUCCCGGCCCGGUUCUACAGGGCGUACCUGAACGGGGACACAUGAACAUGCAAACACCAAAUACGUCACUAGAAUCCCCGCCUUUUCUAAUGCCUUCGUAUCAAGACCAUCUCCCACCAGCCCUGGAGACUCAACACCAAGGACUUCCUCGUCGCAGGAGCCGGUACUUCCGUAAUGGGGCUUACCAAUCAGGUGUCUCAACAGCAAUAGACAUACCAAAUGCGAGAAGUUCAACAAGUGGGACAUCUGAUCCGCUACAGCGAUGGAGGGACUCUCCCCCAGAAAUGGAGGCAGCAUCGUUAUCCGACAUUGCAAAUGCCCUAAAGGACAUGCCACUGAAGAGUCGUUCUUCCGCUGGGAGCUUGCGUAGCCAAAAGCAAGGCAGUCACCCUGGGUCGAUCGUCAGUCACGGCAGUGCGACCAGCCGCUCCACGGGUGGUUCGAACUCGUCUGCGGGCUCGGCGCUGCUGCGAAGCAGUGACCGAGUGAGAUCGCGAGUGUCGAAGCGGACGGGGGGCCCAAGAAUAGCGGCGAGCCAAGGAAAGAAAACGGAUAAGAGGAACUUUCAUUGCACUUUUUGCUGCGACUCUUUCAAGAGCAAAUAUGACUGGUCAAGGCACGAGAAGUCUCUCCAUCUGAACCUUGAUAGCUGGAAAUGCUUUCCUUCUCUAGGGACUACAGUCUCACCGGUGACAAGAGAGGUCAAGUGCUCAUACUGUGGUGUUCCUAACCCCACUGACGCACAUCUGGACUCGAAUCACUACCAUGGUAGCUGCCAUGUUGACAGAGAGCCGCCCAGAUUCAUCCGUAAAGACCACCUUGUUCAGCAUCUCAGGCAUGUUCACCAGGUGAAGAACCCCGAUAAUAUUGAAUCAUGCAAGGAAGAAGGCCCUAAAGUGGCAUCUAGGUGCGGAUUCUGCAACAUUAGGAUGGAAACAUGGGAAGCUCGUGUUGAACAUCUCGCCAGACACUUUAAAUCUGGCGCAACCAUGGACCAAUGGAAAGGAGAGCAUGACUUUGACCCUUCCAUUGCGGCUCAAGUACGCCAUGCGAUUGCCCCCUAUUUAAUUGGCUCGGAGUCAAGGGCGCCUCUCCCGUUCUCGGCCACAAGUCACAAGGAUCACCUGUCUCAAAUUCGAGGUGCAAGUGAAUAUUGCCUUGACAAGUGGCGUCAGAUCGAAGUGUCAAGCCAGGAGUCUCCGGAAUGUGCAACAGCACCCCCUGAACCUGAGAAUCUAAUGCAGAACCAUACCGAUUCGAUGAUGUUCCCUGACAUCCUUGCAGUGCACCUCGCUCGUUUCGCUCGAAAGCAAAUAAGGCUUGGGAUAAUGCCUACUGACAGGAUGUUCCAGAAUGAGGCCAGACAAGUGGUCUUUGACUCUGUGGACCCGUGGGACCAAACCAUUGCGGAUAAUGAUGUCUGGCUCGAUGCCUUUCGCAACCAGCAUUUGGGAGGCUCACCUGACGGCCGAGGCGAAGAGUGA